UCUUCUCUCACUGUUCUUCCCCUCAUCGUUCUGGAUCAGCUUGGCAGUUUUACGAUAACAACGGAAGCGAUCCAGCCGUCUCAGUCGCUCUCCUGCUAGAUCCAUUACUUGAACCGAUUCCUGCGCUCCUGUAAACGUAAGACAGAGAGGGGAGAUGGCGGCAAUAACAAGCGCGUUGAUAGCAAUAGCAGGGGUGGUGUUGGGUUGGAUAGCGAUCGAGCUCGCUUGCAAGCCUUGUCUAGAAAAGGGCCGGGAAGCCAUCGACCAAUCCCUCAACCCUGAUUACGACCCUGAUGAUGUUGCUGUUUCCACCGCCGUCCGCGCCCCUCUCAACCCUAAUUCUUCUCCGGAUCUUGACGACAUUGCUCCCGUUCCUUCUCCUGCUCCCUCAAAUCCAAUCAAAUCCGUUUGAUCAUCCUCCCCUUGUAGUCCUUUGCCCGUUUCCUUGUCACUUUUUAUAUGUCUUCUCCUUGUCUUCUUUGUUCUUAUUUUUCUUUUGAAUCAUUACUUUUGUUGUGUGUGAGUGCCGGUCUGAUUACUUGUUAUUGGGUCUUCUUGUAGCAUUUGAAACACUUGUUUUGGUUGUAUUUGUUAAAAAUAAAUGUAUUGAAACGUUGAUGUAAAAGAAAGCACCUUUUUACUGUUUUCACUAAUUCGGAAA